CAACGAUGACUGGGCCCACUGUUCACUUGCUCCCACACUGGUUUACUCGUGAUUCAGACACCAUUUUCGAAAUCUUUAUUCUUUAAUGCUCUUUCACCUUUCUACUUUACCUUUCCCACAAAUCACACUGCUUCAUUAUCGGUAAGAAUUCGUUAUUUGCUUUCUUUAAUCACAUCGGAUUAUACCCUUUUAACAUUCCUAGAAUGUGUCUUUAACAACCGAUUAUUCUUAAAUUCCUACCAUAUUUUACGAUUUCUGGAAACAAAUCCAUUACCCAUCUCACUCAAUAAUUGCUCGCUCAUCGAUCGUCACUUUCACUCUUUCCCCGUUUCUGAAGUUUCCCCAAAACCAAUGAAGAUUUACCUACAACAGUGAUUCAAUUAGGGUUUUUCCGCUUUUUCAAUCUUUUUUUUUUCUGCUGGUUGUUGAUUUUUUCUUGAGCUUCGUUGCUUCUUCUGUUUCAACGAUGAUCUUCGUUUCUGUAUGAGUAUGUAUUUAUCAUUUUUCAAUCGCCUGUGGUGACUCGUGACUGGCGGCUGACUAUUACUCUUAAAUCUUCAACUCAAGCUCCCAUGGAGCUAAACAAGGAGAAGCUCGUCAGGUUUUAUGCUAAUGGCAAACAAAAUAACGAUGUUAUAUGGGGAAAAACCGAGCCUUUACACCUUGAAAAGUCAUCUUCAGGGUACAAUGGUCAAUCCACCCUGCUAAAAUUACCAGUUAGGGGAAAACUCAAUCUCCCCACAAACCCUAAACAUGGAACAACAACAACAAUAACAACAACAAGCAACUUAUUCCCUGAAGAUCAUGAGCCAUGGCAGAAACGAAUACUUGAUCCUGGUAGUGAGAUUGUGUUACAAUGGAACCGAAUUUUCAUAGUCUCAUGCUUGUUGGCAUUAUUUAUCGAUCCAUUAUACUUUUAUCUACCUGGCAUAGUAGAAAAUCAAGAGUCUUGGUGUGUGAAAACCGAUUUAAAUCUCCGAAUUGUUGUGACUACUUUUCGGACAUUAGCAGAUUUGUUUUACAUGUUACAUGUUGCAAUUAAGUUUAGAACAGCUUACAUUGCCCCUAGCUCACGUGUUUUUGGAAGAGGUGAACUUGUUAUGGAUCCAAAAAAGAUUGCUAAAAGAUACAUUAGAACCGAUUUCUUCAUUGAUCUAAUUGCAACUCUCCCUCUUCCUCAGAUUGUUAUAUGGUUCAUUAUACCUGCAACAAGAAACUCGAAAGCCAAUCACAAUAAUAAUGCCCUUGCUUUGAUUGUUCUUUUACAAUAUAUUCCAAGAUUAUAUUUAAUCUUUCCUUUAAGUUCUGAAUUAGUCAAAGCAACUGGAGUUGUAACAAAAACAGCUUGGGCAGGAGCUGCAUAUAACUUAAUGUUAUACAUGUUGGCUAGUCAUGUAUUGGGGGCAGCAUGGUAUUUGUUAUCAAUUGAUCGACACCUGUCAUGUUGGAAAUCUAUUUGCAAUGAUGAAAAAGCAUCAUGUAAAGCUAGUUAUCUUGAUUGUAGCACAAUCAAUGAUAUUGAGAGAAAAAAUUGGGCAAAAGUGACAAAUGUUUUUGAGCAGUGUACAGGUGAUGAUGAUUUGCCUUUUAAGUAUGGAAUAUUCCAAAAUGCAGUGCAGAAAAAUGUGAUUUCCUCAAGUAUUUUUCAUAAGUACUUCUAUUGUUUGUGGUGGGGAUUACAACAACUAAGUUCAUAUGGGCAAAACUUGUCAACAAGCACAUUCAUAGGGGAGACAUCAUUUGCAAUACUCAUUGCCAUUGUUGGUCUUGUUUUGUUUGCACAUUUGAUUGGCAAUAUGCAGACCUAUUUGCAGUCAUUAACAAUGAGACUUGAGGAAUGGAGACUCAGGCGAAGAGACACAGAGGAAUGGAUGAGGCAUCGUCAGCUUCCAGAAGAUUUGAGAAAACGUGUUCGGCGUUUUGUUCAAUACAAGUGGGUGGCGACCCGUGGAGUCCAUGAAGAUGUUAUCCUUAAUGGAUUACCCGCGGAUCUUCGUAGGGAUAUUCAACGCCACCUAUGCUUAGACCUCGUUCGUCGGGUCCCGUUUUUCUCGCAAAUGGAUGACCAAUUACUCGAUGCAAUCUGCGAACGUCUCGUGUCCUCUUUAAGCACGGAAGGCGCGUACAUAGUCCGCGAAGGCGACCCUGUAACCGAAAUGUUUUUUAUAAUCCGGGGCCGCCUCGAAAGCUCAACAACGAAUGGAGGCCGAACGGGGUUCUUCAAUUCGAUUAUUAUGCGGCCGGGUGACUUUUGUGGUGAAGAGCUUCUCGCGUGGGCCCUACACCCGAAGUCAACGGUCAACUUACCAUCAUCGACAAGAACCGUUAGAUCACUCACGGAAGUUGAAGCGUUUGCGUUAAGAGCAGAAGAUUUGAAAUUUGUGGCUAAUCAAUUUAGAAGAUUGCAUAGUAAGAAGUUGCAACAUACUUUUAGGCAUUAUUCGCAUCAUUGGCGGACUUGGGCGGCUUGUUUUAUUCAGGCGGCGUGGAGGCGGUAUAAAAGGAGGGUGAUGGCGAAGAAUUUGUUGACCAUGGAGUCUUUUGUUGACCAUGAUGAACAAGAGCAUGAGGAUGAGGAAGAACGUGAGGGUGAAGAAGAAGAAGCGGGUGGUGGUGUUGGUGGUGGUGGUGUGGCAGGUGGUCAAGUAAAGUCAAACCUUGGGGUGACAAUUUUGGCGUCAAGAUUUGCGGCGAAUACGAGAAGGGGGAUGGCGAAUAGGCUUAAGUUGCAGAAACCAGAAGAACCGGAUUUUUCGGAAGUUAGUUAAAAGACAAUGAAUCACAAGUUUACAUUGUUUUUGGUUUAAAUCUUUUGAAAACAAGCUUUUAAUAGAAGUUUGUAAUAUAUGAGUAUUGUUGUUGUAUCAAGUAGCAAGUGAAAUGUAGAGGUG